GAAAAUAUUUACUGUAAAUAACUCCGCCCAUUUCACGUGAGUAUUGACUACUACGCUACCUGACCAAGGUAAAGUAAAGCAAAUAGCAACAUAAAAGACACUGAAGGAGAUCCUCGAACGGAAUAAUUUACUGUAGCCGAUUGGUUGAAAUGUCCAUGAGCUUAAUAGUAUAUAUUUGUUUUACCAAUACUACGGGAAAGAAUGAUCAAAUAUCUCUUGAUUAUUUAUCUAUGGACGCCAGUUGUCUCACAUGGGUCCAGUGUAGGAUGUCCUGAAGGAGUUCAUUUUAACUCUGUGAACCUGAGGAACAUUGCAAAGUGGCAUCCUGGGAAAGACACACCAAAUGACACACAUUACACAGUGGAGUAUGCAAUUUAUGGUGACAGAAUGGAUAGUGGGGCGACACAGGUGCGCUGGAGGGUGAAGAACCAGUGCAGAGACAUCCCUCAGACCCGGUGUGAUCUAUCCAAUGAGACCACUGACCUGGAUGAAGGCUACUUUGCCAGAGUCAAGGCUGUGGGCACAAACCUAUCCUCCAAAUGGGCAUUCACGGAAAAGAGGUUUGACCCCAAAGCUGACACAACCUUUGGACCACCACUUGUAAAACUUGUGGUGAAGGAGAAUAGUGUUACUGUCAAGCUGAAGGGUCCAAUGAGAUGGAAGACUGGAAACAUGACAAAAGAGUACUCCUUGUUGAAAAUAUACCCUCAGAUGACAUACAACCUCUCUGUGUACGACAACAGAAGCAACAAAACGCAUCACUUCACUGUGGAAAACAGAUCCUUUGAAUAUGGGUUGCUUGCCUAUGAAACCCAGUAUUGUUUCUCUGCUAAUUCCCAGGUCCUGUCACUUCCUAUACCUUGGCAUGCCUCUGAAUGGCAGUGCUUAACAACCCCAAAGGAUCCCUUCUACGAUCAGCUGCUACUGAUGCUGAUGGGAGCCGUUGUACCAUCAGUUAUCUGCCUUUUCAUGCUGAUCCUGGCCGGAUGCCUUUUCUACCACUUUGUCUGUGGUAAUAAACAGAAAAGUCCCCCUUUCCUGGAAAUAUUGGACCUUCAGAACCCACCGCAGACUUUCUGUCCUGAGCAUACUGUGACAGUGAAUGUGGUACUGGUCAACAUUGCCAAGCCCAUGGAGUUGAUAACCAUAAAGCCUAACAACAUCCCUGCCCUGAUCCACCAAACAGAGUGGGAGCUCGAACUACCCAACACUUCCCAGCAAGCCCCUGGCAUAGAACCUCCAAAGGAGGGAACAUGCGAAGAUGAAUUCGGUGAGGCCCAACCAGAGCCUCUAGACUACGGCUUCGUUGGAGCGGCCCCAGAGAUGCCGGAAGUAAGAGAAAGUGAGGCAUCUGACAUUGAGAAAACCCAUCCCCUUCGUCUCAGCCAGGUCAACCCGUACAUAGCACAGAGAUGUGCACCAGGUUCACAGGAGCCUGUGGAGAAUGUUUUGACUGGGAUGUGUUUAGACAUGAACCCCAAGACAGGGCACUUUAGAAUGCCACUGCUGUCUGAUAUAAAGCUGGGGGUGGAGAGCACAAGUUACAAAGAGCCUGAUCAGAUGGGUCCCUACGCACCACAGCACGUCUCUGUCAGAGAGACCACUGAGGUGGACCUGUGGGGAGACGAAGCUGAAGAGCCCCAAAGUUACCCCACAGACUACGGCUUUGUGGGAGCAGUCCCAAAGCAGCAGAUGGUGCCAACAAAGUACCAGACGCGGUCUAACAGGAGGGAUAAUCAGCCCCUGCUGCUAGCCCAGGUCAACCUGUACAGAAGCCAGAGGCAAGCUCUGUUUCCACAGGAGUCUGAGGAAGAGGAUGGAUUAGGUGGUGGUAACUGUGUUGACUGGAGCCCUACAACAGGGAUCCUCCAGAUGCCUUUGCUCUCCAAGCCUAUUCCAGAAGUGGAGGGAGCGAGGAAGGACAGGGAGUCAGAGCAGUUGGAGAUCUUACCCAGUGUGUUAGUGAGGCAAUCCUCAGAGGAGAGUGAGGGUGAGAGUGACCUGACUAAACUACAGAAUGUCUGGAGUCUACAGAUCAACAUGGAGGACUAACCUAUUAGGCAGUUAACCUAUUGGACACUUAACCUAUCAGACAGUUAACCUAUUGGACACUUAACCUAUCAGACAGUUAACCUAUUGGACACACAUUAUUACAGCAAAAAAGUUUAUUUACCGUAUGCAGAAGAAUAAUUCAGAUUCCUGUUUGUACCAUUUGAUUCAGUUGCCAAGGACAUAUUUUUAACUAAUCCAAAAUGCUUUGUAAAUGCUUCAGCAAUGUGAUUGUAACUAAUUUAUUUUUGAGGUUUUGUUUACUUUGUACCUUUUAUCCAUACUUUUCUACUAACUUAUCACGAUUGAUGUAUUGCCAGAUAGCUUUUUUUUUGUACAAUUUAAUUCAAAUUGUAUAUGAAGGCACAUGCAAUGCCACUUUACCUCAUGAUGAUUAACAAGCAGUGAGUGUUGCUGUAAAGGUUUAUAACCACACGCUAAACUAUGAAGACAAUGCAAAUAAAGGAUAUAUACAGUACCCGUCAAACUUUUGGACACACCUACUCAUUCAAGGGUUUUUCUUUAUUUUGACAAUUUUCUAUAUUGUAGAAAAACAGUGAAGACAUCAAAACUAUGCAAUAACACAUAGGGAAUCUUGUAGUAACCAAACAAUUGUUAAUCAAGAUAUAUUUUAGAUUCUUCAAAGUAGCCACCCUUUGCGUUGAUGACAGCUUUGCAUUCUCUCAACCAGCUUCACCUGGAAUGCUUUUCCAACAGUCUUGAAGGAGUUCCCACAUAUGCUGAGCACUUGUUGGCUGCUUUUCCUUAACUCUGCGGUCCAACUCAUCCCAAACUAUCUCAAUUGGGUUGAGGUUGGGUGAUUGUGGAGGCCAGGUCAUCUGAUGCAGCACUCCAUCACUCUCCUUGUUCAAAUAGCCCUUUCACAGCCUGGAGGUGUGUUUUGGGUCAUUGUCCUGUUGAAAAACAAAUGAUAGUCCCACUAAGCACAAACCAGAUGGGAUGGCCUAUUGCGGCAGAAUGCUGUGGUAGCUAUGCUGGUUAAGUGUGCCUUGAAUUCUAAAUAAAUCACAGACAGUGUCACCAGAAAAGAUCCAUCACACCUCCUCCUCCAUGCUUCAUGGUGGGAACCACAAGUGAGGAGAUAAUUCGUUCACCGACUCCCAAAAACACGGUACCAAAAAUCAAGAAUUUGGAGUCAUCAGAAUAAAGGACAGAUUUCCACCACUCUAAUUUCCAAUGCUCCUGUUUCUUGGCCCAAGCAGGUCUAUACUUCUUAUUGGUGCCCUUUAGUAGUGGUUUCUUUGCAGUAAUUUGACCAUGAAAACCUGAUUCCCACAGUCUCCACUGAACAGUUGAUGUGGAGAUGUGUCUGUUACUUGAACUCUGUGAAGCAUUUAUUUGAGCUGCAAUUUCUGAGGCUGGUAACUCUAAUGAACUUAUCCUCUGCAGCAGAAGUAACUCUGGGUCUUCCUUUCCUGUGGUGGUCCUCAUGAGAGCCAAUUUCAUUAUAGCGCUUGAUGGUUUUUGCGACUGCACUUGAAGAAAUGUUCAAAGUUCUUGACAUUUUCCGCAAUGACUGACCUUCAUGUCUUAAAGUAAUAAUGGAAUGGAAUUUGUCUUUGCUUAUUUGAGCUGUUCUUGCCAUAAUAUUUGAUUUGUUUUUUACCAAAUAAGGCUAUCUUCUGUAUACCAUCCAUACCUUGUCACAACACAACUGAUUGGCUCAAACGCAUUAAGAAGGAAAUAUAUUCCACUAAUUUACUUUUAACAAGGCCCACCUGUUAAUUGAAAUGUAAGUGACUACCUCAUGAAGCUGGUUGAGAGAAUGCCAAGAGUGUGCAAACUGUCAUCAAGGCAAAGGGUGGCUAUUAUGAAGCGUCUGAAAUAUAGAAUAUAUAUUGAUUUGUUUAACACUUUUUUGGUUACUACAUGAUUCCAUAUGUGUUAUUACAUAGUUUUGAUGUCUUCAAUAUUAUUCUACAAGGUAGAAAAUAGUAAAAAAUAAAGAAAAACCCUUGAAUGAAUAGGUGUGUCCAAACUUUUGACUGGUACUGUAUAUCUGUUAUUUCCUUAAACACUUUACACGUUGAUGUCAUUGGUGCCUUGUAUUAUACUUAGCACAUUGAGGCAAUAUUGACUUUACAAUGUUACCUGACUUUUAAAAGCACCAAUGACCAAAGGCAUGUUUAUUCACUUUUUUCUACUUCAUAUUUUGGUGGGAAUGCGAGUGUGACUGUGUGUGCUUGCGUGCGUGUGUGAACUGGUUAACUGUUAACAGUUGACUUUCACAUGGACUGUGGAUAUUUAUUCUCAUGAUCACCUCUUUGAAGAAGUCUACCAUUUAGAACAUGAACUGAGGGACCUUUUGUUUUUGUUUGUUUCAAAAAGCCACAUUAAAAAGGAAGUGAGUCAUUUAUGUCACGAAAAGGCAUCUACAAAGGUAAAAAAAAAUAUCUGCCUGUGUUUGACAUUUAACAUCAUUCCUUAAAAACAGAUUUGUCUUUAUACUGCAGAAUGUGAGCUUUAUUGUAGUCUCUUUAAAGGACAGAACCAGUCUGUUCCAGAUAAAUGAUUGUACACCCUGAUAACUCCUGCUUCUAUCUGCAGGCUUGUUAGUGGUUAAUUAUAAAAUUAUCAUAUAACAACAUGUAAUAUUACAUUGUGUAGGGCAUCACACACACUACUAGUCAUGAUUCAAUGCUGAAAACGACCGUCCAUGUGGCAUAAAACUGUUUGGUAAUAACAGUCCAUGCUCUGACCAAUACCUGAGGAGGUGACCAAGCUGUCUAUGGAAUCUCCAUGUAUUCUAAUCCUCACUGAGUAGGGAGGGCGUGAGGAAAUAGACUUAAGAAUACACUGUGGUUAUGAAAUAUCUUGUCAUCUGUUCUUAAGAAUAAAAGAUGCAGUUACUGUAGAUUUGGAA